AUGACAGCGUUCGGAGAAGCAGUUUUACCGUAUCUUUCGGUCACUGCGCUCGCCUCCACUGUAGGUGAGUGUUUUCCUUUCGAGCAUUCGAAACUGCGAGUAAGAACCGGACAGCAAAGAAGAGAAGCAGCGCCGUUCAAAAAUAGUGUUCCGUUCUCAAUUAUUUCCGUUUGCAGGAUUCUUCCUGUGCGGUCUGCAAAUCUGCCAUCGAAUUCAGACUCGUGGAUCCUCCGACGGCACCAGCCCCGCCCCUUUUCUUCUCGGUAAUUCCUGUCCUCGUCACUUUUCUCAUUUGAACAUUGUUCAUUUCAGCCUUCCUCUCCUGCUCUCUUUUCAUUCAAUACGGACUGCUCAAGGACGAUGACAUCAUCACGUUCACAAACGGAAUCGGAAGUUUUCUCCAAGGCUGCUACCUUUCUUACUACUACAAAAUGACGAGAAACAGGGUGAGAUUCAAUGCACCGUUCAAAAUUACUAUAUUUCCUUUAAUAUUUCAGAGGUUCUUGAACAAAGUCAUUUUCGCUGAGCUGUGCAUAAUCGGAAUUGUCGUCUUCUGGGUGAAACACUCGACCGCCAAUCAUCUGACGAAACAGACGUACGUCGGAAACUACUGCAUCUUUCUGAAUAUCUGCAGUGUGGCGGCUCCUCUUUUGGAUAUCGGAAAGGUAUUCCAAUGAUUGAAUCUCGACAAGCUUUUCUCAUUUUGAGGUUGUCCGUUCCAAAUCCAGCGAAUCUCUUCCCUUCCCUUUGUGUGUGGCCUGUUUCCUAGUCUGUCUUCAAUGGAUGUUCUACGGCUACAUUGUCGAUGAUAUUGUCAUUCUGGUACGUUUAAACUGAUUCAUAAAACGAAUUUAUAGAGUGGACAUGCUAUUAAUACUUGGAGUACUGUAGCCCGUAUUUCAGGUACCCAACGCCAUCGCCACUGUCAUCUCAAUCCUGCAAUUAUCUUUGUUUGUCAUUUAUCCAAGUGCUCCGAAGGGCGUGUUCCCCGAGAAGUACGAGCACAUCUAA